AUGGUCUCCGAAUCCGAACUCAUCGGCCGCCUCCGCGAGUUCCUCCGGAGCUCCGACCUCAACACCACCACCACCGCCACCGUCCGCCGCCAGUUGGAGGCCGAUUUCGGAAUCGACUUAUCCGACCGCAAGGCAUUCAUUAGGGAACAGGUCGACUUGUUCCUCCAGACUGAGCACAACCAAUCACAACAAGAAGAAGAAGAAAAAGGAAGAAAAACACCAAAACGACACGUAGAGGAACAAGAAGAGGAUGCGCCUAAUAAUCCCGAACAAAGCCAACCCUCCGAUUCCAAGGAAGUAACCGAUGAAGACGACAGAAGAAGAAGACGAAGAAGAGGAAGAAGAUAA